GGCGCAGGCCAGGUCCCGUCGGCCGGCGACCGACGCGGUGGCGAGGAUCCGACAGAGGGCCCGACUGCGGCAGCAGAUGGCGGGAAAAAUGAGGAGGGAGGCGGACAGGAGGAAAGUACGCGCCGAGUCCGGCAGAUCUGGUCGGGAGGCGCCUGGCAGACCGCCCGCUCUGCGCCGCUCCUGGAUGAGUGCAGACUCCGGGCCUGGCCGGCGCAGCGACGACGACCCCUCGGACUCGGAGAGGAGCGAGCGCCGGCCGGCCGGCGGUGACGCGCCCGCCCGGCCCAAGGUAGCGCUGGCCAGCCGCUCCAAGAGCAAGUUCUGGUUCUGGGUGGAGGAGCCCGUACCGCGCAGUGAUGAUGACGAGCCCCCGGCUGCCGAGCGGACCGCCAGUCCACGUACUCUGCGGGACGGCCGCCGCGUGCAGCCGUUGGAGUCGUCCUCCUCCUCCGAGGAAUCUGAGGAGGAGGAGGAGCCGCCGGCCGGGAGGACACUCCGAGACGGUACCGUCCUCCCGCCGGCGGAGUCUGACUCGGACCGCACCCCGCCGGCCGAACAGAAAACACCUGGUGGCCGAACGGCAGGCCGGCCAGCGGCCAAGAAGGCGAGCAAGACGCCGGAGCCGGCUAGCAAACAGGCGAGAGAGGAGGCGCGGAAGGACGAGAGCAGCUCGGAAGAGGAGAGAGCGCCGCCGAGGGGCAGGGAGAGGCGCGGCUGGCGGCAGGGGCGCCGGCCGGGCUCGGCCGCCGCGGGGAGGGACAGGACUCCGGUACCGGCCGCGGCCAGGGGGCGGCGGAGGGCGCGCCGGACGGCCGGGUCCAGCUCCUCAGAGAGUGAGACCGAGACGAGCCGCAGCACCACCCGGGAGGCCAGUCGCCAGAGAACGGCGCAGGCCAAGGCAAAGGCGCGCCAGCCGGACAAUAAGGUGCCCAAAGACUCCCCGGGACCGACCAAACAGUCGGGAGUGGAAGCGAAACCGGCUGUCAAGAAGAAUGGUACGCCAGCGAGUAGAAGAAAUAAUGUCUCAUCGGAUGAAUCCAGCAAAAAAGAGAAGGUAAAUCCUCCGAAACGUGCUGUAUCUAGUCAGAGGAAAAAGCCCGUCUCUAGUUCGGAGGAUGAAAGUGAAGGCAAAUCGAAUCAAAAGGAAAAGCCGAAGACAGCGCGUGACGUUCGGCGCAGAACAGAGCCCGGCUCUGUCAAAGGCGAAUCCCCGAAACCGAGUUCGGCGAAGAAGAGGCCGAACGGUCGGGCAGCGGUGCCCGCGGCGUCUCACCCGGAGCUGGAAUCUCGGGAUGGUAAGCCGGGUCGGUCCAAGCCCGCUGAAUCGGAGGGGAGCAGCUCUGAGUCGAGCCGGGCGCCGCCACUCCGGCGGGCGCCCCGCUCCGGCAGUGCCCGCGCGCCGCCGCCGCCGCGCCGCCCGCCGUCCUCCAGCUCUGAGGAGGAGCCGGCGUCGCUGCCGAUCGCCGGCGCCGUCCGGAAGCGGGCGUUCGUGCCGGGCCGUCGCGGCUGGGAGGACAGCAGCAGCGGUACGGAGGAGCGGCCCGCCAGCCGCCGCCGCGCACCGGCGCAAACCUCCAGCAGCGAGGAGCGUGCCUCGCCGCCGCCACCCCCGUCCGCCGACAAACCGCGCCGCACGCUCCGGAAGCGCAGCGAGGCCUUUUUCUCGUAUGACAUUAUCGACACCGACACGGACGAUGAUCUGAUCAGCGUCAUCAGACCGCGGGCUCGGCAGCCGGCCAGAGCCAGUGACGCCGAGCGGUCCACUCCGAACGCAGCGCCGGCGGUGUCCAGUACCGCGGGCAGCGGCGUGCCCCGCGCCGCCUCCGCCGAGCGGAAACCCACCGUGGAGAGACGGGAGGCGUCCUCGACCGCGGUGGAGGCAGGUGCUGGCACGGCCACCCCGCCGCCGGGAGCCAAGAGCGGUCUGAAGAGGGAGUCGUCGGUGACACGGCACUCGACCGACCGCGAGUCGAGUGAUCGGACCCAGAAGAAGCGCCCUCGACCCUCAUCGCCGUCCAGUAGCGCGCGGCACACGCCGACUAAGAAAAAGAGCGCCUCGUCGAAAUCGACCGACGGAUCGUUCCUGUCCAAACUGAAGGAGUCAGCGCAGCGGAGGAUCAGUCGUCUGACCCAGCGGCGGGGCGGAGCGGCUCGGUCUGGCGGCUCGCCGGCCGACUCCCGGCCCGCCAUGGGCGUGUACGAGUUCGAUUCGGACGAGAACCUCUCUUCUCUCACAUCCCUGCGCCAGUCGAGCGACGCCGUGAAGACCGUCUCGGAGGCGACGUCGACCAGCGAGGACAAGCCGCCGGCGGCGCCUGAGCGCUCCACCUGCACCAUCGCCAUCCAGGUCAACAUGGACGAGGAGGCGCCGCCCGCGGACGUCUCCUCGGGCACUCAGACCCCGGCGGCGGCGGCGCAGCAGACUGACUGCUCCGUACAGAGUCAGACCGAGGAGCCGGCGGCGGCGGCAGCGGAGUCCAGCGCCGGCGGGCUGUCACCGCAGCCGUCCCGGGGAGGGUCGGGGGCGCCACAGCGGCCGCCGUCCGCCGAACAGGGACGGCCCGGGCCGCCGGAGGGCGCUGCCGAGGGAUCGACCCAGUCGCCGGCCCAGCGGCGGGACACGCCGUCAGAGUCUCCGGAUGUCUCCCAGCCGCCGGUACAGGCGGCGGUGACGGCUCCGAGUCAACUUCAGCCGACUCAGACAGCGGCAGAGUCUGCCGUCCAGCCGGCGACUCAGACUCCGGCGCACCGCUGUUAG